AGCAUCUAAAAAAAGCUCUCCACUCAACGGCGCACUCACAGAGUGGAAGUGAAUAACACUCGGUGUGGAGCUGAGCUGCCUGUUGCAUGCCAUGACUGGGUUUAACCGGAUACUUCUCCUGUUAUCUGUGGCCGUGGCCUCUGAGGCAGCACACAGGUCCCAGCGCACAAAGAGAGGGUUACUGGAGCUGGCCGGAGCCAUCAAAUGCAGCACGGGGAGAUCUGCCUUGGCCUACAUGAUGUACGGAUGCUACUGUGGACUGGGCGGUCAGGGCUGGCCCAGAGACAAGGCAGACUGGUGUUGUCACAGACAUGACUGCUGUUAUGGAGAUGCAGAACAUCGUGGAUGCCAAACCAAAACCGACCGGUAUCAGUGGACUUGUGAGGACAAGACAGCUGAGUGCGAUAAUUUGAAGGACAAAUGUGAGAAGCUGCUGUGCAAGUGUGACAGAGAAGCAGCCAAGUGUUUGAGAAGAGCACCUUUCAUCCGAAAAUACGCCGUAUGGCCAGAUUUUCUGUGUGGCUAUGAACACCCAAUGUGUAAUAUUUACUGACACAAUAAAUGCCUCCACAUGUCCUGUGUGCCUUUUGUAAAUACAAGAUGCUGACAGGGAAAACCUGUUUUUAAUUCAUAUCAUUAUUAGGCUCUUUUAAUAAAAUUGUGUGAGGAAGUGAAACAGUGUUGUGUUUUCAUGUGUUGUUUGAAUAAAAGACAAAGCUGCUGUUUAAGAGUUUACAGCAAAUUAACACCUGACUUUUGACGAACGUGACCGUCUGGAGAGUCACGAGGAUUACAGCUGCAGUGUGGACGCUCAGCAGAGGGUCAAAUGUUAAUCAGCGAGGGAAAGAUCAGAUAGCCG